AUGGAGGAGGAGAACCCUGUGGAUGGAGAUGUAAUCAAGAAGCAGGUCACGGCAACAUUAAAAAGACACUCGACAAUGCAGGAUUCCCAAAACAGCAAGCAAGAUUCAAGCAAGAACAAGGAGGAUGGCACCAAAACAGUACCAUAUUACAAGCUUUUCUCAUGUGCGGAUACCUUGGAUCACAUGUUAAUGUCUGUUGGUACAAUCAGUGCCAUUGGAAAUGGGCUCUGUACGCCUCUAAUGACCGUAAUCUUCGGAGAGGUGAUUAAUUCUUUUGGAAGAACUGGGAAUACCAAAGAAGUGGUGGAUGCAGUUUCCAAGGUGGCUCUAAAGUAUGUUUACUUGGGUAUAGGUGCUGGAGUUGCUGCAUUUCUACAGGUAUCUUGCUGGAUGGUUACUGGAGAAAGACAAGCUGCACGAAUACGAAGUUUGUAUCUGAAAACAAUAUUGAGGCAAGAUGUUGGCUUUUUCGAUACAGAAACGAACACUGGGGAAAUUGUUAAGAGAAUGUCAGGUGAUCCUGUGCUCAUUCAAGAGGCCACAGGCGAGAAGGUAGGAACUGUUAUCCAGUUAAUUGCAACAUUUAUUGGAGGCUUUGUUAUAGCAUUUGUUAAGGGAUGGCUUCUUGCCCCUGUCAUGCUAUCUUCUAUUCCCCCUCUUGUCCUUGCUGGUGCCAUCGUGGCCAUCCUUGUAUCGAAAUUGGCAACCCGUGGACAAGCUGCUUAUUCAGUGGCAGCAACUGUGGUGGAGCAAACGAUUGUUUCAAUUAGAACUGUUGCAUCAUUCACAGGAGAAAAACAAGCUAUAUCUAAUUACAACAAUUCCUUAAUUGAUGCUUACAACUCUGCUGUGCUAGAAGGUUUGGCGUCUGGGUGUGGAAUUGGUUCGGUUCUGCUUAUUAUGAUGUGUAGUUAUGCUUUGGCUAUAUGGUUUGGAGGAAAGAUGAUUCUUGAAAGAGGAUAUACAGGAGGAGAAGUAAUAAAUGUACUUUUCGCGGUAUUGACUGGCUCCUUGUCUCUUGGGAAUGCAUCUCCGUGCAUGAGUGCAUUUGCUGCUGGACAAGCUGCAGCCUAUAAGAUGUUUGAGACGAUUAACAGAAAGCCAGAUAUAGAUGUUUAUGACACUAAUGGGCAGCAGUUACGGGAUAUACGUGGAGAGAUAGAACUGAGGGAUGUUCAUUUUAGUUAUCCUGCAAGGCCUGAUGAACAAAUAUUCCAUGGAUUUUCUCUCUCAAUACCUAGUGGUGAAACUGCUGCUUUGGUUGGAGAAAGCGGAAGUGGUAAAUCAACUGUAAUCAGUUUGAUUGAGAGAUUUUAUGACCCCCAAGCUGGGGAAGUUCUUAUUGAUGGCAUUAAUCUCAAAGAGUUCCAGCUGAAAUGGAUCCGACAGAAAAUAGGCCUCGUCUGCCAGGAACCCGUUUUGUUUACUUGUAGCAUAAAAGAUAACAUCGCCUAUGGGAAGGACGGUGCAACUAACGAAGAAAUAAGGGCCGCUGCAGAGCUUGCCAAUGCUGCUAAAUUCAUAGACAAUCUACCUCAGGGACUAGACACAAUGGUUGGUGAGCAUGGGACUCAGCUUUCUGGGGGCCAAAAGCAAAGAGUUGCUAUAGCUAGAGCAAUCCUGAAAGACCCGAGAAUUCUACUUUUAGAUGAAGCCACAAGCGCUCUUGAUGCAGAAUCUGAGAGAGUUGUGCAGGAGGCAUUAGACAGAAUUAUGAUUAACCGCACUACUGUCAUUGUAGCCCACCGUUUGAGCACAGUAAGAAACGCUGACACCAUUGCUGUUAUACACAGAGGGACAAUCGUUGAAAAAGGUCCACAUUCUGAGCUAGUUAAGGACCCUGAAGGAGCAUAUAGCCAGCUUAUAAGGUUGCAAGAAGUGAACAAUACGUCAGACAAGACUGCUGUGAAUGAUCAGGAAAGGCGUAGUCGAGUGGAUUCCCAGAAUCAAAGUCAAAUAAUUUCACACAGACGAUAUGUAAGUCGGGGGUCAUCUAGAGGAGGAAAUAACAGGCGUCAUUCCUUCUCAAUCUCAUAUGAUGUGCCCGCUGCACUAGGUGUCCUUGAAGUAGCACCUGCGGAAUCCGAUAUUCCUGCUUCAGAAUCAUCAAGAGUACCUCCAGAAGUCUCACUUCGCCGCCUGGCAUACCUGAACAAGCCAGAGAUCCCAGUUUUAUUACUAGCUACUAUAGCUGCAAUAGCCAAUGGGGUAGUCUUCCCUAUUUUUGGGCUAGUGUUUGGCAAUGUAAUCAAGACCUUAUUUGACCCACCUCAUCUACUCCGUAACAAUUCCAAGUUUUGGGCAUUAAUCUUCAUUGUUCUUGGUGUGGGGUCUUGCAUAACAUUUCCAUCAAGACAAUACCUUUUCGCUGUGGCGGGAAGUAGGUUAAUAAAACGAGUCCGAUCAAUGUGCUUUGAGAAGGUGGUUUACAUGGAAGUAAGUUGGUUUGAAGAUCCUGAGAACUCAAGUGGUGCAAUUGGUGCAACGCUUUCUGCAGAUGUGGCUUACCUGCGAGGGUUGGUUGGAGAUGCUCUUGGUUUGGUGGUUCAGAAUUUAGCAACUGCAAUUGCUGGCUUGCACAUUGCGUUUGUUGCAAAUUGGCAACUCACUCUUAUAAUCAUUGUUUUGUUGCCUCUUUUCGGGGUAAAUGGUUAUUUUCAAUUCAAGUUCAUGAAAGGAUUCAGUGCAAAUGCAAAGAGAAUGUAUGAGGAGGCAAGUCAAGUAGCAAAUGAUGCUGUAGGAAGUAUUAGAACAAUUGCUUCCUUUUGUGCCGAAGAGAAGGUGGUUGAAUUGUACCAGAGAAAAUGUGAAGGCCAUAUUAAGACGGGGAUAAGACAAGGCUUAAUCAGUGGGAUCGGAUUUGGUGUAUCAUUAUUUUUGCAAUUUUCUGUGUUUGCCUGUAUUUUUUAUGCUGGAUCCCGACUUGUUGCAGAAGGCAAGACAACAUCUGCUGAUGUUUUCCGGGUUUUCUUUGCUCUCACUAUAGCAACUGUUGGAAUUUCUCAGUCGGAUUCCCUGGCCCCCGAUAUUAGUAAAGGAAGGAGCGCUGUUGCAUCCAUAUUUGCAAUUCUCGACCGGAAAUCAAAAAUAGAUUCCAGUGACGACUCUGGAACAACUAUAGAAAAUCUGAAGGGAGAAAUUGAAAUAUGCCAUGUCAGUUUCAAAUAUCCAACUAGGCCUGAUGUGCCAAUCUUCAAGGAUCUUUGCUUGACCAUCCAUCAUGGCAAGACGGUUGCUCUGGUAGGAGAAAGUGGAAGUGGAAAAUCGACAGUAGUCUCAUUGUUGCAGAGAUUUUAUGACCCUGAUUUGGGUCACAUUACACUAGAUGGAAUCAAAAUCCAAAAGCUACCGUUGAAGUGGUUGAGCCAAGAGCCUGUAUUGUUUAAUGACACUAUCCGAGCCAACAUUGCAUAUGGAAAGGAAGGGAUUGCAACAGAGACUGAAAUUAUAGCUGCUGCAGAAUUGGCAAAUGCUCACAAGUUCAUUUGUAGUUUACAACAGGGUUACGAUACAAUCGUAGGAGAGCGUGGGGAUCAAUUGUCUGGUGGACAGAAGCAAAGGGUGGCAAUUGCAAGAGCGAUAAUGAAGGCACCAAAGAUAUUACUACUAGAUGAAGCCACAAGUGCUCUUGAUGCUGAAUCCGAACGAGUUGUUCAUGACGCAUUGGACCGAGUCAAGGUGGAUCGAACCACAGUGGUGGUUGCUCAGCGGUUAUCCACGAUUAAGAGUGCAGAUUUGAUCGCGGUGGUGAAAAACGGAGUGAUUGAAGAAAAAGGAAAGCAUGAAGCUUUGAUCAAUAUCCAUGCUUCUUUGGUUGCACUGCAUGCAAGUGCCUCAUCUUAGAGGGCCUUUCUAUUCUUCUUCUGAACUACUGCAGUAAAAAAAACAAAACUCCAAGGAAGAAAAGUAUGUAAUGUAAUUUUAUGCAGUACAGCAAUGCAACCCUUUGUAAAUAAAGUUUGUUUGAUUUGCAUA